ACGCGACGCCGUCGGUAUCGGUUUAAUAGUCGCUGGAAAGUUUUCGCUUCGACGAGAAGAAGAGGAAAAACUCUCAUCGAAACUUUCUAGUAACACGCUACUUUUGUUCGAAAAUUUCAAGUUAUCGGUUACUUUUUCUUGUUUUUAUUCAUUUUUUUUUGUGAUUGAGUGAAGAAGUUGCAUCAAGAAAAUGUCUUGCGUUGAGAGACCCAGAGUUUAUUUGACGACGCCUUUGAGCUCAAAAAUAGCUUUAUUCGACGCUCAAGCCAAAGACCACAAAGAUAAACAAUCGGUCAAUCCAUUUUCAAACGAGACCGUUCAUGGAAUGAAUAAGCCGCAGUUUUCCAAGGACGAGUACGGACGCCCUUUAAAAGGAUCUUUAUCGGAAACGAGAGGAUUUAAAGCUACCGCGCAAGUUUGUAAGGAAAUGCUUGAACUUUGCGAAUUGAUCGAUCAUUAUGGUGAACCACUAUUCAAACCGGGCGAAAAAGAUAAUGAUCCAAGGAAAGUUAUUAGUUUUGGGGAUUUAUUUACGAUGUACACGAUUAUCUCUGAUAAAUUGGUCGGGAUGCUCCUCAGGGCCAGAAAACACAAAUUGUUGGAUUUCGAAGGAGAAUGUCUUUUCCAGCGUAGAGAUGAUCACGUUCCCAUCAUUCUUUUGAAACCAAUCCAAGAAAUUCGUGGAGAUUUCCAUCAAAAAAUCGAUACCGCUAUGUUAGCCGUUAAAGAAAACGAGCGAAGAGCCAGCGAAGAACGACAAUUAUAUUGCAUGUCCGACGACGAUGCGAAAUCGGAAACAUAACCUCACUUUGGGAAAGUAUUAGGAAUUUUUGACAAUUUUGACGGACCAUGAUUAGGUUAUGUAGUAGAUUUUAAAGUUCUAAGACCAAGAAGUGUUUUUGAGAUGAAAAAAGGGUAUUUGGAGAAACGAAGAGGCCUUUUAAAAACGUUUUUAUAUGAAGUUUUGAAAUUUUAAGAAAUGUUAAUACGAUAUUAUUGUAUCUUAAUUAGGACAUUAUUUAUUAGGUUAAUUUAAGGAUAUUUUUUUAUUUUUCUUUAGAUAUCUACUUAUUUAUUUUCAGAUGUAUUUAUUUU